AUGGCUGGCUGUCGGCAGCAAGUGCGCUUGUCGACGCAGCCUGAAAUCUGCCACAUAGACGGGGCCUUGGAUCGUGUUCUGGGACAAAAGCAACGAAAACGAUGCAUCCCCGCCAUCUUCCUCCAUGCCGGCGCCGGCUUCCACAGCCACCAAAAUGAGGAUGUCCACCUCCGAGCCUGUGUUGCGGCGGCCGAGAUGGGAAUGCGAUUUCUCAAAGCUGGCGCCAGUGCUACCGAAGCCGUCGAAGCCUCGCUGCGCGUCCUAGAAGACAAAGAAAUCACCAACGCGGGCUACGGAUCCAACCUCUCCAUUGACGGAACGGUUGAAUGUGAUGCAACCAUUGUUGAUCACCUGGGCCGCAGUGGCGCAUGUGGUGCCGUUCCGAACAUUCGAAAUCCCAUUUCUCUCGCCAAACUCAUCUUCGACGGGAGCAAGCGACCGCUGAGCCUCAGACGAGUCCCGCCCAAUGCCCUUGUCGGAGAAGGCGCUAAACUUUUCGCAGAAGAGCACGGCAUGGCCACUUUUGCGAAUGACUAUCUGGUCUCCAAAAACUCUAGGGAUCGCUUCUUGCGCUGGCAGGACGAUUUAGUCAGAGCCGAAGCCAAAGCAAAGGAGGCUAGCAGCGCGCAAAAGAAUACAGCAGCUAUGCACUGUGCGCCAUGCCAGUACGACACUCUUCCCAUAAAGCCAAAUAUGUCGUUUCCGCGAGACCAUGCCGCUGCCAUAAUGUCAGGAACAUGGAAUGAAGGCCAGCCUAACUCGCCCUACUUGCCGCCCCCAGGCAUAGAUGAUGCCCAGCAAGCUGAGCUGACAACAUUGGGCAUCACACCGAAUGCCUGGAAUCAUACCAAGAACCCGUCUUGGAAAACCCCGCAGCAUGGAAUCAACCCAAGCAACAAGCAUAGCGGCUUGCUAAAACCAACCCAAGGCCAUGUCAAUGAUGGCGAAAACGACGAUUUUGGCGUCCGUCCAAAAGGGUCCAAUCUUACUGGAAUCAGCUCUGCCAACGACGACGCACCAUGGCAGCAGCCAAGAAGGCGUCGGAAGGCACAAAAGCGACUACUGGAUGGCAACUAUGACAGCGAGGAUACGUUGAAUAAGCAACAAUGUGUCUCCGAACAUGGCGGAGACUACGUAACCGACACGAUUGGGGCUAUAGCUAUUGACGAGGAGGGACUAAUUGCGGCUGGCUCUUCAUCUGGAGGCAUUGGAAUGAAGCAUCGUGGGCGGCUUGGCCCUGCUGCCUUGGUUGGGGUCGGGACUGCUGUUGUGCCAUGUCAGCCUGACGACGAGGAUGCGGUAUCUGUGGCUGCUGUCACCAGUGGCACAGGCGAGCACAUGGCGACGACAAUGGCUUCGCAGCGUUGUGCAGAACGGUUGUACAACAGCACCCGCAAAGGCCCCGCCGGUACCGACAUACAUGACUACGAUGAAAGCGCCAUAAUGGAGUCAUUUAUUGCCAAUGAUUUCAUGGGCCAUCCCGGCGUCUGCAAUGGGCCAUCAGCCGGCGCCAUUGGCAUCAUGGCCGUGAAGAAGACACGGGCAGGGUACUAUCUUCAAUUCGCGCAUAACACGGACUCGUUUGCCCUUGCAUCCAUGGGCGGCAAAGAUCCUACCCCAACCUGCGUCAUGUCUCGCCUGCCGGAGGGCAGUAAGAUUGCCCAAGGCUCUCGCAAGAUUUCCACAAAGUAG